AUGGGUAUCACGGGAUCACAUCCAUAUAUUUAUCAUCAAUCUAUGAGCGGUUCAAAGAAAUAUCGCCUUUAUCGUCAUGGUGCGCUGAAGAAGUAUUCACUGUCAUCCCGUUUAUCUUACAAGCCCUGUGCAGAAGAGAAAUUUUUUCCACCACCUAUUUUGCAUACUAAAUUUCAUGAAUUGAAUUUUAAUUCUUCGGUCGUAAGUAUUUUUAGUACUGCUGAUAUAAAUCAGAUACUGAAGCAGAACUCUUCCUUGAAGAGUGAUGAUAAGAGGAGGAAAUGUUUUCCGUCCCGGGAACUUCCCGACACUUCAACGUAUAAACGCAAGAAACUUUCGAAAAAUUCUUUCUGUCGAAAAUUUUCAUCUCAAAAGGAUUUACCAAAGCGAAAAAUUGGCGUCAGCUUAUUGUCAACCUCGAGUGUAUCAUCAGGAGUUGAUUCCGUUUCGGAGGAUUCUGAAGUGGAUAUAGAGAAAAUAAAGAAAGAGGAACGGUGUGAUGAAGAAAUUAGUUCAAAACGUGAAAGUGAAACCUGUGAGUUGGUCAACAAACACUUUCCUGAAGCAGAUUCGCAUAUUCCUCGUUGUUCCCUAGAUUCUGGUGCUAGUUUCGAUGAAGAAGAUGCCAAAAAUGCGGUUUUUAAUGACAAUUCUGCUUGCAAAAAUUUUAAAACCGUAUUCGAAGAGAAGGAGAGAAACGAUGAUAGCAUUAUGGCUUAUAAAUUACAAGGAAUUUGUUCUAGGAAGAAGUCAUCCUCCAAAUGUAGAAAGACUCGAAAGUUUUCUUUAGUAAAACCUUUCCAGAAAAUGAGUAAACGAACAUAUUCACUACCAUCCCCACCACAUAUGGCGAGUUCUUCGAAAAGUGAGGUGCCAUCUUCUCGAGUGUUUAGUAGUUCUCUGAAUCGGGAAUGGGAGAUUGUAACAGUGCAGGAGAUGUGCCGGCGGAUGUCGUUAGGUCAGCUAAACGAGAUCGUUCUCCCUCUUCCGGAUGGUGCUGCUUCCUCGCAAAUCCUGGAUGAAAUUAUGGUUAGGCAGAUGGUAGAUGUGCUUCCGCCUCGUGCUACAGGCUAUCCAUGGAUCAAUAUUUAUAAUUCCGAGAAGCAUGGUUUCUCAUUACACACUUUUUAUAGGAAAAUGAUAGAUUGGGACGAAGAAAUGUCACCUAUACUGUUGAUAAUUCGUGAUUGUGAGAAGAAUGUCUUUGGUGCAGUAGUUAGUACCACUGUGCGUCCGUGCGAACAUUUUUUUGGGACUGGUGAUUCAUGUUUUCUUUACAGAUAUGCGAACGACAUCGAGAUGAACGAAAAAGUGCUGCGCAUUUAUCCAUGGAGCGGUGCAAAUCAAUUCUUCGUAAAAGCAAGCAUGGAUUCAUUAUCGAUUGGUGCAAGUGGUGGACAUUAUGGGCUCUGGUUGGAUGCAGAUUUGAAUUAUGGUCGUACGCAAGCAUGUGAAACAUUUCAAAACGAACCGUUAGCUGGUGAGAGUGAAGAUUUUUCUAUACAGUUUGUCGAAGCUUAUGGUUUUCGUAUGCAGUAA